UACUCGUGCUGUUGCACCUAUCAUUUACAAAUUAUUUAUAAAAGCUUCAUUUGUCUAUUAAUAAACCUACUCAUUACUUUUAGAACAGUUUCGACAUUACAGAGGCGCUUAAAGGUGCAGUGUUUAUACUACACCGUCGCGUAAUACGCAUCCCAAAUGCGUACAAUACACAAAUAUUUUCUCUCAACAUAACAUUGUUUUACUCGAAAAUGUGCAGUAAACAGUUGACUAUAUUCUCAAGAUACGCUCAAAAUAUUAGUGCCGCUUCAGGAUAAUACGAUAAAGACGUAGUAAUCGCCAGAUCUAUCUGUGCGUCGUGUACACACAUCUAUUCUUUGAUAAGAUUCCUAUCAAUAUUUGUGUUCGAAAUUUUCGGAUAAAAUGUGCUAAUCUAUUGUGUGAAGAGGUGAUAAUGCGGGUUAGCAUGUUGUGAAAACUGUUUGGAUAUAUUUAAAUAGCACUUGAACGUUAAUUUAUGUUGUAUUAAGAGUUGUUUUUAAGUCAAUAUGCCUGGGAAAAUCAAAGUGAAGGUGCUAGCCGGGCGGAACCUGCCGGUAAUGGACCGCGCAAGUGACACCACGGACGCCUUCGUGGAGAUCAAGUUUGGCAGUGUUACACACAAAACUGAUGUGUGCAGAAAAUCGCUAAACCCGCAUUGGAGCAGUACAGAAUGGUAUCGGUUUGAGGUGGACGAAUCCGAGUUGCAAGACGAACCGCUGCAGCUGCGCCUGAUGGACCACGACACGUACUCUGCCAACGACGCUAUCGGAAAGGUCGUCAUCAGUCUUGCGCCGCUGCUGGCUAGGGUGGCGAACACGAAAGGAGGAGCCGCCGCGGCGCACGGAGGAGCCAUGAUGUCAGGAUGGAUCCCGGUGUUCGACACCAUGCACGGGAUCCGCGGCGAGCUGAACGUCAUCGUCAAGGUUGAGCUGUUCUCGGACUUCAACAAGUACAAGACUUCCAGCUGCGGCGUGCAGUUCUUCCACUGUCCGAUGAUACCGCCCGGUUACAAAGUCACAGCUAUACACGGGUUCGUUGAAGAGCUGGUAGUCAAUGAUGACCCGGAGUACCAGUGGAUUGACAAGAUCAGAACACCGAGGGCUUCCAACGAGGCGCGGCAGGUCGCAUUCAUCAAACUGAGUAACCAGGUACAACGAUUGGUAGGCCUUAAGGCUGCCGAGUUGGGAGCCAACGCAGUUGUGGGAUACCAGCAAGACUUCGAUCUGGAGGGCGAAGCAGGCGUCGUUGCCAGAGCCAUCGGCACAGCAGUCAGCAUCACCGCGUCGCCAACGGCCAACCAACCUCCCAGCGUGCCGCCCUGCUCGCAACAACAACUCAAUAAGUACUUGGACAUUUUAGCGACCGAUAACGAAAGUACGACCGAUCUGAACGAAUACUUCCAAUCUCAUCAAGAAGAGCUACAGAAAUUACUGUAUAUACUCAAUCCGAAAACAUCUUCAAUGCUCGACGAAACUGAGAAUAUUGAAGAUGAUGAGAAUGAGAAAAGUUUCGAGUUAUCAAGACAAGCCAGCAUCAAAGGAUACACAGGAAAUUAUUCUAUUUAUCAAAAUGAAUAUGGCCCUCAUGAUAGCAUGAGGCACUUGUCCGAGGAUCAGACAGAUUUGAACAGGCUUCUGAACCGCAAUGACGAUUACAAUGAUUCUAUGGGGCCCUUGAAAAAGAUAAAACAAUUCAAAACCAAUAUAUUUAGACUCGGCAGUAUGAAAUCACGAAAAUCUGAUCAAGCCGACGAUACAAUAUCUAUAAAGUCCAAUGUUUCCGAUACGUCAAAGAUAUCUUUAUCCGAUAUAAAAAAUGAGUUCAAAAAAUUAACAAGAUUAAAAACGCCCAAAUUGCGGAAAGCUUUUGCUAAUAAAUCAGAUGAAGGCAUUGGUAUGGCGUCGGUGCUCGCUAGAUCAGUUAUUCACGCUCAAACGAGUCUCGCACGCAUCUCUGAAACUCAAGAUUCUGACCCUUCUCCGAGCUCGACUUUAAGACGGACCAGUGAAUCCGAGCCCGCUAUUAAUGUAUCCGAUGAAGAACAAGCUAACAGAGAAUCGGAAUCGUAUGAUAAUAAAUCUCUCGGUAGUGAUAAGAGGACAUUACCAGCUAUAAAGUUUUCAUCUUUGAAAAACGUGUCCACUGACGAGGAAGCAGAGCCAACCGAGGGUCGUCAGCGAAAGUUAUCUGAAUCUUGUCCGUCCACUCCGGUAGUUGCUAGAAAAAAUCUUCUCAAGCUUCCUGGGGAUGUUGGCUAUUUCGGCUCAGUUUCGUCUGCCUUGUCUGCAGAUAGCUCAGAAGCAUUUUCUAGUUCUGAAGAAGAUGACGAGAGCUCCAUUAAAACAGAUACUGAAAAAACAUAUGAAACUACAAGUUCAGUAGUAAAGUCGGUCCUUAAUAACAAAGUGAAUCCAGUUUUUAUAGCACAAAUGGAUAAAAAAUUAAGUGUGUUGGAAUGUAAUACUCCUGAUCUUCAAGAUGACGAAAAUCAGCAAGUCAUUGAAAGCGACACUAGUCCACGAGAAUCAUCUCAAGAUACUCCUGAAGCAGAUGAACGUGAAGAUCGUCACAGCAAUGAUAAGAAAACAGAAAUCUUGCCAGAAGCGUCGACCAGUGUUGAAGAAACCCACACGUUUGUAGAACCGAAAUCUCAUAAUCUCCAUUUCAAAUUUCACAACCCAUUCUCACAUAAGAAGUUAUCACAGAGCAUCAGCGCCCCAUCGUCUCCCGUAGAGAAGAAGGGCUUUGUAUAUCGCUCCUCAUCCAAGAUCAAACGCCAGAUCUCCAAAAUAUCCAAAAGCAGCAUGAUGAAAAGCCUGUCUCAUUAUUCCUUGUUGCCGAAAAGAAAACACAGCGACCCAAAACCUGCUUUGAGCCAACCCGGAUCAGCUUCUGAUGUCCCUUCUAAAGCACCCAGCGAAACCGUACUAGGAUCCGCCUUCCUGUCAUAUUCCGACUUACUUAGUCUUGACAAGGAAGGUAUUGAUACUAACAAUCGUCUUCAUAGAAGUGAUGAAUUCACGCAUUCAGGGGUCUCUAUGUAUAUUGGUUCUGAACCUGUUUCCAGGGCUUCUGUGAGCGGUCCAUCUUCUCCUAACCAUGGAAAAGACGAUUACCAUCCACAUGAGCAUAGAACUUUCAAGAAAAGACCAAAUAUUAAUCCAAGUGGCUUGAUUGCUACUGCCAUGGAGACGAUUUUAAUUGAUAAAGUACAGAAUCUGCUAGUACCGGCAUCGCCAAACCCAGCGCAACAGGACGAAAAGAAGUUCUUUGAUGAUGUCAACGAAAAAUUAGAGAAAGUCGAAGAGGCGAGAAAUAGAAAGGUCUUUGAAAAUGAAACUAUAAAGGCAACUGAUACUUCAUCUAAAGAUAAUGUAGAACAUAUGACAGAUACAAAGGAAAACACACCUCAAACUAUUUCUGACGGGAAUAAUGUUGCAGGUGAUUCGGAACCUAAGCCACAGGAAAUGUCUGCAGACAUUUCGAAUAAAACUAUCAAACAUUCUGAAUCGGAAAAAGUUGAAUUAGGUGACACAAACUAUAAGAAACUUGUCAGGCAGGAUAGUGUACGUUCAAACGAGUCGCAUAAAAUGUCCAACGAAACCGACUUUAACCUCGUUUCAUCCGCUCCACCCGCGCCUAUGUUGCAACACUUUCAUCCGGUCCUUAGCGGCGUGCCCAAGUUAGCGACCAUCCCCUCAUUACCAGAGACUAGUGUAGACCAACCCGAGAGUAUAGACACCGACGGUAUAUGUCUAUGUAAUGAUAAGUGUGAGUGUAGCGACACUAACAAGGCUAGUGUGUGUGAUAACUCGCAUGCAGCGUGCGAUGUUGACAGGGACAGGGAGCGGGACAGAGAGAAGAAUGUUGAGAAGGGUUCGCCGAGGCACGCUCGGCACGAGUCGUACGGCAAUCGGGACGGGAUCGGCUCGGCGCAGGCGCACGCGCCCAACUCGUCGCUGGAGGCUGCGUCCACGCCGCAAGGGAUUCACCGUCGCUCUUCGGAUUCUGAUCUUAGUGUUACACCAAAGGGUGGUUCACUAAAUGCGUCAGUCGGCAACACGGGCAGCGGCGGCGGCGCCAUCUUGCGGCCCUCCAUGAACAGCAACAACCUAGAGAUGCUCGAGUACCCGUUCCUUACUAUGUCGGAGUAUCCUCCAGGCUUCAUCGUUCACAUUGGCGGCACAGUUUGCGCCCGCUCAGUGAAGCUGAUGGACGGCGGAGGCGAGAGUAGCUCUCGCGCGGCGUGGUGGGCCGAGCUGCGCACCGAGCUCAGGGCGCACGCGCGCGCGCUGCGCUGCAACGCCGUCAUAGCGUACACCGAGACGGCUGCUAUAUGUGAGGAUGUAUGCGUGUUAUCCGCAUCUGGCACGGCCGCAGUGAUCGACCUGGAGUGCGGCUGGGAGCGCCGCGAGGAGGACUCGUGCUCGCUCGCACACGUGCCCUACUCGCCGGGCGCCGGGCCCUACCGCGCCGAGCUCUCCGUCUGCCAGGGCUGCAGACGCGCCCGCGUCCCGGCGGUGCUGCUGGCGACGUGCGCGAUGCCGGGCGCGCUGGCGGCCUACCGCGCCGCCGUGCCGCUCACGGCCGUGGCGGCCCGGGCGCGCCGCGCGCCGCCGCAGGCCGAGCCCGGCGCUAGGGACAUCUCCGACCAGCUGCCCUUCCUCGAGUACGAACUGCACAAGCUGCUGCUGGCUAAACUGAGGAUGCAGGGUGCGAACGCUCUGUUCUCGUUGCAAACUCAAGUGGCAGUAGGGGAGCGAUGCGUCAUGGCGAUCGCGAGCGGCACGGCCGUGCGGAUCUGCGCGCUGCCGCCGCCCAUGCCGCCGAGGAUUAAGGCAACAGAAAACGACAAAGAAGCGUUAGAAAUUCAGAAGGCGUUAUGGGACGCCUUCACUGCCAAUAAGGCAGCGAACGGAUAUGACGUUGUCCUUCCCGAGAUGAGCACGAAUGUCGCCCUAACCGAAGCGGACGGUGAGCGCGGAGACGAGGCUCCAGCGCUCGACCUGUGCGCCGACAAAGACGCCUGCGUGCUCGAGCUAGAUGAGGCGGAGGACGUGGAGACCGCGAAGGUGCUGGCUAAGCGUCGCCCGCACAUGCAGGUGUUCACCAACAGCUCCAGAGCGCUUCCUGGCGCGCCACCGCAGGCAUUUGCACAGGUGUGGCGAGCUCGCCUCCAGCUGUCGGGGCAGGGCGGCGCCAGCACGGCGGGCGAGCGGCACGUGGCGCGCGCGCUGGACGGCGUGGCCUACAAGCUGCGCCGGCUCAGGCCCUGCGCGCUGCUCGCGCCCAGGAUACAGCUCGAGCUGCCCGAGCUGUCGGGGCAGGGCGGCGCCAGCACGGCGGGCGAGCGGCACGUGGCGCGCGCGCUGGACGGCGUGGCCUACAAGCUGCGCCGGCUCAGGCCCUGCGCGCUGCUCGCGCCCAGGAUACAGCUCGAGCUGCCCGAGCUGUCGGGGCAGGGCGGCGCCAGCACGGCGGGCGAGCGGCACGUGGCGCGCGCGCUGGACGGCGUGGCCUACAAGCUGCGCCGGCUCAGGCCCUGCGCGCUGCUCGCGCCCAGGAUACAGCUCGAGCUGCCCGAGCUGUCGGGGCAGGGCGGCGCCAGCACGGCGGGCGAGCGGCACGUGGCGCGCGCGCUGGACGGCGUGGCCUACAAGCUGCGCCGGCUCAGGCCCUGCGCGCUGCUCGCGCCCAGGAUACAGCUCGAGCUGCCCGAGCUGUCGGGGCAGGGCGGCGCCAGCACGGCGGGCGAGCGGCACGUGGCGCGCGCGCUGGACGGCGUGGCCUACAAGCUGCGCCGGCUCAGGCCCUGCGCGCUGCUCGCGCCCAGGAUACAGCUCGAGCUGCCCGAGGUGUGGCGAGCUCGCCUCCAGCUGUCGGGGCAGGGCGGCGCCAGCACGGCGGGCGAGCGGCACGUGGCGCGCGCGCUGGACGGCGUGGCCUACAAGCUGCGCCGGCUCAGGCCCUGCGCGCUGCUCGCGCCCAGGAUACAGCUCGAGCUGCCGGAGGAUGAAAUCCAGCUGGUCGUGUCCGGGGCCGCCAUCCGGCUGGUGGAUCCGAGCAAGGUGGAGCACAGUGAGAACGGCCACCCCCCGCACCCCGCCGAGGACGACGAUAUCUUCGCCCUGGACGAGGAACAGCUCUCCCAGGAAAGAGGAGGAGGAGGAGGAAAGAGCCAGGAGGAGGAGAAGACCGUCGUUCCGGCGAAUGGACAAGUGCCAACGACGGUGUCGCUGACGUCGCUGUGCUACUGCUCGGGCGCGGGCACGAUGCGGCGCGUGUGCGCGCUGCGGCUGCUGUUCGUGCGCGAGACCACGGCCGUGCGCGAGCUGGGCGGCCUCAGCGGGUUCCUGCACACCUUCACAUGCGAGGUGCCAACGACGGUGUCGCUGACGUCGCUGUGCUACUGCUCGGGCGCGGGCACGAUGCGGCGCGUAUGCGCGCUGCGGCUGCUGUUCGUGCGCGAGACCACGGCCGUGCGCGAGCUGGGCGGCCUCAGCGGGUUCCUGCACACCUUCACAUGCGAGGUGCCAACGACGGUGUCGCUGACGUCGCUGUGCUACUGCUCAGGCGCGGGCACGAUGCGGCGCGUGUGCGCGCUGCGGCUGCUGUUCGUGCGCGAGACCACGGCCGUGCGCGAGCUGGGCGGCCUCAGCGGGUUCCUGCACACCUUCACAUGCGAGGUGCUGGCAAUAGCUCGCGCGUACACGGCGGCUUUGGGCGGCAACGCUCUGACGUCUUUCUACAUCACGCAGCUCAUGCUUCAAGACAACGCGCACAAGAACCAGGGUCAAUGUCUCCUGUCUGUAGGAGGCGACGUGGUGCACAUGACGUAUUAAGAUGUUUUUUUAUUAAAUCUAUGUAGAUUAAAAAAACUUUAAGUAAAACCGUAAAAUUAAAAGCGUAGUUAUUUGUAUGAAAUCAGAAAGUUUUCUCUCUGGAAUAAAUUGUAAUUUUCACUGUCAAAUUGUACAGUGUGCUUGUUUGAAACAGCAUUUUUGAAGCUUACAGACUUUUAUAGUAUCAGUACGACCAUGACGAAUAUAAUUUUCUCUUCUACUUCUUUAUGAUAUUCCUCAUGCGUUUUAUUAAAUCGUCCUAUAAUUAACCCGUCAAUAUUUUUUACUUCAAAAAUGCAAUGGAAUCUAUGGUUUAACCGGGCCAACGGAGUGUGCACUCGGGACACAUGUUUCGUAAAUCCUGUCAAUUAGUAGUAAUAGUAAUUAAGAAACUGUAUUAUGUUAUAUUUAUGUGCGACGGUAUGUGAAUCGUUGUUUUAAGAGAUUGAGAGAGACUGGUAAAGUUAUUAUAAAUGUUUCUUCAGUCGGUUUGUGUUUCGUAUAGGUAUGUAAAGUCCUUAAUUGGUAAUAAGCGAGACGAAACAUAUUUCCAUUUACGUAUUUGUAUUAAAUUCGGUAAUAUCCUAUAAAUAGACAAAUCACCUAGGUAUUCAGCAUUGAACAAGCUUCUUAUCGCAGCGAUUUUUGAAACAUUUUUCUGAAAUAAAUAAUUGAGCUUGAUUUUUCUUUGGACGUAUGCACUUUGUUAUAUUUUUUUAAAUUAUAUGUGAGGGCUAUCCUAUUAUUGAAAUAUCUUAGUUAUUUACAAAGUUAUAUUAUAUAAUUCUUAUUUAUUAAGUGUUAUUUAUAUAUAUUUACAAACCCUAUAUUUUAGUUUAAUGCUUUCCACAGGUUUUAUAGUUGAAAUUACGUGAGCGGUUAUUUAAGCGCAGUUUUUAAUAUAAUUUUAACUCUAGGUACCCAAACAAAUGCAUGAAAAUGACAAUUAGAAUAGUAACUCUCUAUAUUUAAAAUUUACUUAUAAUUAGAAAAAAAAAGGUUUUCUUUAAUUAUAAUUGAAUACUUUCAUUUUAUAUGGCAUGUAAAUUUUCCAUGCUCAGAGUACUACUACCUACAACUUGUGCUGACGCCAUAAGGCGUAUUGUUUUUCUUUUGUGUACCUACUUGUCUUUGAAUUUUGGUGCUAUUUAUUGUAUCUGUCUGUUUGUGUUAUACAAGACAAAAGAAGUUUUUGCAGUUAUUUAAAUAACAAUGUAUUUGUAGUCUACUCAUGGACGUUACAUGGCGGCUACAACAAUUAUUAGAACAGAUACGUACCUAUGUCGAUACUAACCCUUAACAUUCAGGGCUCAUUUAGACGAUGCGAGAACUCGCAUGCUAGUUUUAUUACCUACAUUGCGGUUUUUGAUCGGUCGGCUGAAUUGGACGUAACCAACAGCAAUGUAACUAAAAUCGCAUGCGAGUUCGCGCGCCAUCUAAAUCAGCCCUUAUAGAUUCUAUUUGUAAAAUUUGUAAAAAUCAUCGUUUCUUGAUCCUGGGAUUUGACUGAUGCUUCUGGACACGAAAUUCGUAUGUGUUUUUUUCACAAUUGACCGUAGGUAUUUAUGCAGAAAACGACUAACUAAAUUUUUUGUCAAUGCAGAAAGCGACCAAAUCCCCUGAGUUAAGGCGUAAGUCACUUUGACAAAAAUAAGUUGGUAGCUUUCUACAGAACUACGGUCAAUUUAGGUACAGUCAGCAGCAGAAGUUGCUAAGCGGGCGAGGUGUUCUAAAUUACCUUGACGCGCUCUUAUUCUCUUAACAAUAAAGUCGCGUCAAGAUCAUUUUGAACACCUGGCCCGCUUAGCAACUUCUGCAGCUGACUGUACAGGUUAAGGAUAGUGUAAAGUGACCGACAAUCAUGCUGUUCAAUGACAGUUAUUAAGACAAUGAUAUUAUUAACUCACAUUUAUAGACGGGUCUAACGCGAAUUUUAUUCAAUUACCUUGAUUUACCGACGUUUCGACACAGGUUUCACUGGUCGUGGUCGCGGCUGACUGAUGUCCCAGCACAAUGUCAAAACAGACACAACGCAAAACGCGAAAGUUUAAAAUAUUAUAAUGAUAUUAUGAUACCCCCUUAUAAUACUCGUAGCUUGCAAUUAGAAACUUGCAAUAUUGUUCACGUAAUCAAAUGAAGUAAUGCGGUUAUUUUGGAUUGCUGACUAGUCGAAAUAUUAUUUAUCAGUGAUCGAUAAUAGGUAUGUAUACCGAAAUAUGUUUUCCUUUCCACUGUGUAUAAGUUAGUACUCUUCUACGUACAAUCGUACAUGUAUUUUCAGCCAAACUGUUUCGUAUGCUAUUACAGAUGAACUGCUUAUACAUUCUCAAGUUUCUCAUAUCAGGCCGCGUAGCCAAAAUGACAAUCGCUUACUCUCCGUACCGAUCGAAACACAACUGUCACUGUCACACUAAUAUGGAAGAGUGAUAGAGAGACAUAAUGAUUUUCGUUGUCGAAGCGAUAGCGAUUGUAACCUUGGCUAGGCCGGGCCGGCAGUAUUCUCAAAUAAUAUUAAUAUACUAUGCUUUUCAUUCAAUAUUGAAUACUAAUUAGAGUAAUUAGGGAAAUUCGAUUCAAAUUUAUAGAGUCAGAUGAUUAAAUCACUCGAAAAAAUCGAUACUUAUUUCAAGAUCAAAUGAUCAAUUAAUAAAAGCAGGUUGACUUUCCGUCGUAAUGAGAGCCGAGCCCUGGAGGCGUUAAUUUACGUUUGAAUACACUUCCAUGACACUGCCUAACUCUAGUCUUAAUCUACUUUGUUUGGCUGUAAAAACGUGUUCAUGUUCCUCACAAGUGUAUUGUUUUUAUUAUGGUAUUUGUAUUCUAGGAAAAUACACAAAUUAUACAAUA